CGUGAGUGGGAUCGAGGGACAAAAAAAGAAAAAAAAGGCAGAGGCAAAGAUGUAGCGGCGAGUCUCUCCGCGGCACUGACAGCCUGGGAUUACAGCAGCGCUCCUUACGGAGGGACACAGUCAUGGCGGGGCUCCACUGACGGACGGCAAGACGACCCUCCGCCUUCUUUGCUUCCGUCAGUCCGAGCGCCGAUCCUCGGUUCACCCCUUAACACAGCAGCCCAGCGGGGGAAAAAAAGACAGGACCGAAGGACUGGGCUCUGAAUAAAAGGAAAAUCUCUCUCAGUUGAGUGAUUUUUUUAAGAGAAUGGCGGACCGUGAUACAUUACCCCUUCCACUGGAGGUGCGAGCCAGACUUGCCGAGCUCGAACUGGAAUUAUCAGAAGGUGACAUCACACAGAAAGGCUAUGAGAAGAAGAGGGCGAAAUUAAUCGGGGCUUAUCUGCCACACCCGCCAGGCGUGGAGCCCUCAGUCCAGGCAGAGCGGAGACCCCCCGUGACGCCGUCGUCCUCUCGCUACCACCGGCGUCGCUCCUCUGGGACUCGGGACGAGCGCUACAGAUCAGAUGUGCACACAGAGGCAGUGCAGGCGGCGCUGGCCAAGCACAAGGAACGCAAGAUGGCGGUGCCCAUGCCGUCCAAACGGCGCUCCCUGGUGGUGCAGACCUCCAUGGACGCCUACACCCCCCCAGGUGAGGAACAUAUGACCAUCCAAGACACAUCGUCGGGUUCCGACGGGGAGGGCUCCCUGCACGGUGAGGGCACGCCCACUUCCAGCCACGGCAGCAUCAGCAUGGAGCACUGGAUCAGUCGUGCCAUCCACGGCUCCACCACAUCCUCCACCACCUCGUCGUCCUCCACGCAGAGUGGGGGCAGCGGCGCGGCCGGCCGGCUGGCCGACGUCCUGGCCCAGACGCACGUUGGGCCCUUAGCUUACCUCUCGCUGAAGAGGAAAAAAGUGCCUGGGCCAGUCGAGAACGGGAACUCGUUGCGCCGGUCCUGCGAAUUUGGAUCAGAACUCGUCUGGCCACCCCUGGAGCCAGAGGAAAACCACUCGGCACCCCCAGAUGUCACCAGCUACGCAUCGGAGCACAGCGCCCAGGUGGAGAGACCGCAGGUGUCCACCACCCCCCGGCCCACCACCAAAUACGGCAACGCCGAGCUCAUGGAGACUGGAGAUGGAGUCCCCGUCAGCAGUCGCGUCUCGGCGAAAAUCCAGCAGCUCGUAAACACCCUGAAGAGGCCGAAGAGGCCACCACUGAGGGAGUUCUUCGUGGAUGAUUUCGAGGAGCUCCUGGAAGUCCAACAGCCGGACCCCAACCAGCCGCGGCCUGAAGGUGCCCAGAUGUUGGCCAUCCGCGGCGAGCAGAUGGGAGUGGUGACCAACUGGCCGCCCUCCCUGGAGGCGGCGCUGCAGCGGUGGGGCACCAUCUCGCCCAAGGCACCUUGCCUGACCACCAUGGACACCAACGGCAAAGCACUUUACGUCCUCACCUACGGAAAACUGUGGACACGGAGCAUGAAGGUAGCCUACAACAUCCUCCACAAGCUGGGAACCAAGCAGGAGCCUAUGCUUAGGCCAGGAGAUCGGGUGGCGCUGGUCUUCCCCAACAAUGACCCAGCCGCCUUUAUGGUGGCGUUCUACGGCUGCCUGCUGGCUGAGGUGGUCCCUGUGCCCAUCGAAGUGCCACUGACGAGGAAGGUAAGAGCCCAGGAUGCAGGAAGCCAGCAGAUCGGUUUUCUUCUGGGUAGCUGUGGGGUCACCGUUGCCCUUACAAGCGACGCCUGCCACAAGGGGCUGCCCAAGAGCCCUACCGGAGAGAUACCUCAGUUCAAAGGGUGGCCCAAGCUGCUGUGGUUCGUCACGGAGUCCAAGCACCUGUCCAAGCCCCCCCGGGAUUGGUACCCCCACAUUAAGGACGCCAACAACGACACCGCCUACAUCGAGUACAAGACGUGCAAGGACGGCAGUGUGCUGGGGGUGACUGUGAUGCGGAUCGCGAUGCUGACACACUGCCAGGGGUUAACGCAAUCCUGCUGCUAUGCUGAAGCUGAGACCAUUGUGAAUGUAUUGGACUUUAAGAAGGACGUCGGCCUGUGGCACGGCAUUCUCACGAGCGUGAUGAACAUGAUGCACGUCAUCAGCAUCCCCUACUCCCUGAUGAAGGUCAACCCGUUGUCAUGGAUACAGAAGGUGUGCCAGUACAAAGCGAAAGUGGCAUGUGUCAAGUCUCGGGACAUGCACUGGGCCUUGGUUGCCCACCGCGACCAGCGGGACAUCGACCUCAGCUCGCUGCGCAUGCUCCUGGUGGCCGACGGCUCCAACCCCUGGUCCAUCUCGUCCUGCGAUGCGUUUCUCAACGUCUUCCAGAGCAAAGGCCUUCGCGCUGAGGUCAUCUGUCCGUGCGCCAGCUCUCCCGAGGCCCUCACUGUAGCCAUCCGAAGACCCACAGAUGACUGCAAUCUGCCCCCGGGAAGAGGCGUCCUCUCCAUGCAUGGCCUGAGCUAUGGCGUGAUCCGUGUCGACACUGAGGAGAAGCUGUCCGUGCUGACUGUGCAGGAUGUGGGCACAGUCAUGCCAGGAGCGCUCAUGUGCGUGGUGAAGCCGGACGGGGUGCCUCAGCUGUGCAAGACGGACGAGAUCGGGGAGGUGUGCGUGUGCUCCAUCGCCACGGGGACGUCCUACUACGGCCUCUCGGGCAUGACCAAGAACACCUUUGAGGUCUUCCCCAUGAGCAGUUCCGGGGCCCCCAUCAGUGAAUAUCCCUUUACCCGGACCGGCCUGCUGGGGUUUGUCGGCCCCGGAGGUCUGGCCUUCAUUGCGGGCAAGAUGGACGGUCUGAUGGUGGUGGCUGGGCGGAGGCACAAUGCCGACGACAUCGUGGCCACGGCGCUGGCAGUGGAGCCCAUGAAGUUCGUCUACCGGGGGAGGAUCGCUGUGUUCUCCAUCACUGUGCUGCAUGACGAGCGCAUUGUGGUUGUAGCUGAGCAGAGGCCGGACUCCACCGAGGAGGACAGCUUCCAGUGGAUGAGUCGCGUGCUGCAGGCAAUUGACGGGAUCCACCAAGUGGGGGUCUACUGCCUGGCUCUGGUACCAUCCAACACCCUGCCCAAAACGCCACUGGGGGGCAUCCACCUGUCGGAGACCAAGCAGCAGUUUCUGGAGGGCUCCCUGCACCCCUGCAACGUGCUUAUGUGCCCCCACACCUGCGUUUCCAAUCUACCCAAACCCCGUCAGAAGCAGCCAGAGAUUGGACCAGCCUCCGUGAUGGUUGGGAACCUGGUGUCGGGGAAGCGAAUCGCCCAAGCCAGUGGCCGCGACCUGGGCCAGAUGGAGGACAAUGACCAGGCAAGGAAGUUCCUCUUCCUGUCAGAGGUGCUUCAGUGGAGGGCCCAGACCACCCCGGACCAUGUGCUGUACACCCUGCUCAACUCGCGGGGUGCGAUAGCCAGCUCACUGACCUGCCUACAGCUGCAUAAGCGGGCAGAGAAGAUCGCCGCCCUGCUGGCCGAGCGAGGCCACCUGCAGGAUGGGGAUCACGUAGCACUGGUUUAUCCCCCAGGGAUCGACCUGAUCGCCGCUUUCUACGGCUGCCUGUACUGCGGCUGCGUGCCCAUAACGGUCCGGCCUCCUCACCCACAGAACAUCGCCACCACCCUGCCCACCGUCAAGAUGAUUGUGGAGGUGAGCCGCUCCGCCUGCGUGAUGACGUCGCAGGCCAUCUGCAAGCUGCUGAGGUCCAAGGAGGCGACGGCGGCGGUGGAUGUGAGGACGUGGCCGCCCGUCUUGGACACGGAUGAUUUGCCAAAGAAGAAGCCCCCACACUUACAGAAGCCCUCAAACCCGGACACCCUGGCCUACCUGGACUUCAGCGUGUCCACCACCGGCAUGCUUGCUGGAGUAAAGAUGUCUCACACUGCCACCAGUGCCUUCUGCCGUUCAAUCAAGCUUCAAUGUGAGCUGUACCCGUCCCGAGAGGUGGCCAUCUGCCUGGACCCCUACUGUGGCCUGGGCUUUGUCCUCUGGUGCUUGUGCAGUGUCUACUCUGGGCAUCAGUCCAUCCUGAUCCCCCCCUCUGAGCUGGAGGUGAACCCCGCACUGUGGCUGAUGGCGGUGAGCCAGUACCGGGUGAGGGACACAUUCUGCUCCUACUCUGUCAUGGAGCUGUGCACCAAGGGACUGGGCCUCCAGACGGAGCAGCUCAAGACUCGAGGAUUGGACCUGUCCCGCGUGAGGACCUGCGUGGUGGUAGCUGAGGAAAGGCCUAGGAUAGCCCUGACCCAGUCCUUCUCCAAGCUCUUCAAGGACCUGGGCCUCCACCCACGUGCCGUCAGCACCUCCUUCGGCUGCAGGGUCAACCUGGCCAUUUGCCUGCAGCCUCACAGGCUGGGGACGUUUGCCGAGCAGGGCACUUCAGGACCGGACCCCACCACUGUGUUUGUGGACAUGAGAGCCUUGAGACAUGACCGGGUCCGUCUUGUGGAGAGGGGUUCGCCACACAGUCUGCCACUCAUGGAGUCUGGGAAGAUUCUGCCCGGAGUUCGGAUCAUCAUCGCCAACCCGGAGACCAAGGGCCCAUUGGGUGACUCUCACCUGGGGGAGAUCUGGGUUCACAGCAGCCACAACGCCAGCGGAUACUUCACGGUGUACGGCGACGAGUCCCUGCAGUCGGACCACUUCAGCUCGCGGCUGAGCUUCGGCGACACGCAGACGGUGUGGGCGCGCACCGGCUACCUGGGCUUCCUGAGGAGGACCGAGCUGACGGAUGCCAGUGGUGAGAGACAUGAUGCCCUGUAUGUGGUUGGUGCCCUGGAUGAGGCCAUGGAGCUUCGAGGGAUGAGGUACCACCCCAUCGACAUAGAGACAUCGGUCAUCAGGACCCACAAGAGCAUCAUGGAAUGCGCGGUGUUCACCUGGACCAACCUUCUGGUGGUGGUUGUGGAGCUGGACGGCUCAGAGCAGGAGGCGUUGGACCUGGUGCCGCUGGUGACCAACUCCGUGCUGGAGGAGCACUACCUGAUUGUUGGUGUGGUGGUGGUGGUGGAUGUAGGCGUCAUCCCCAUCAACUCACGCGGUGAGAAGCAGCGUAUGCACCUCCGUGACGGAUUCCUGGCCGACCAGCUGGACCCUAUCUACGUGGCCUACAACAUGUAGGUCCACCUCCACCCCCAUGCACCCGGCACCCCCACGUACCCGGCACCCCCCACCCUGCGGCGGGAAAAUUCCAUAUGCGUCGCAUCUCCUGCACCAUUGACAACCACCUUGUAAAUGUUGUGGAAACCUCGGAGCGAGAGCCCGGCGUAGAGGGAUCUGAGAUGCCUUGAGGUUUUGGAAAAGCACUCCUGAUGGGCAAGAGCGAUAUAGGGGGAGACAGGGUGGGAGAUGUGGCGGUGAGCUCAGCUGACAGAAGCGUCAUCCAAUUGGCUGAGGAGAAAGAGCAGCACUUCACACAUCUUGCUUAAUUGGAUAGUGCUUUUGAAGUAGGUGUGGUUCUAUAUUUUCACAUUAUGUAUGCUGAAGUUGCUCAUUUUUAAUAUGCCCUCUAAGAGGUAAGGGUAUUUUUUAAGAUAUUUACAUACUGUGGCAAAUUGUAUUUUGAGUUGUCAACUGUUUUUAAGAUAUAAAGCAUAACAAAUAUAGAUAUGUUUCGAUACAGGACGUCUGUUUAGUCCAUAAAACUUGACUAAACUACAAAGAGGUACUUUUUUAUGUUGUGUUUUCAACCACGCGCUUAUGGUUUGCUGUCUAGAUUCGUUUUGUAGCGGUGUAACAACUUUACAGGGAUCCCAAGUGGGUUCGCGGUUCUGCUUCCACAAUGACAGCCGGAUUGGCAACGUUGUGUGGAAAGGAAGAACAUGACGUCAUAUCAUGUAAUUAUGUACAAAACUUUUAAUUUAUUUUUUUUAGAAGUAUAUAAGGGAAGACAUUUAAGAAUGUCUGUCUCUUUAAAUAUUUGAUAAUAUAAAGCAAAGCCUUGUAUCUUGAGUGAAUAGUAUCACAUCAAGUAUAUAAAAUAUAUAUUAAAACACACACACACACAUAUAUAUAUAUGUUUAUAUAUAUAUAUAAACAUAGAAACACCUAGAUGUGACGAAUGAAAACGCCUGAAAUGCAGUACUUCUCACUUGCAUGGUGUCUGUUGUUGUAGAUAAAUCUGUUGUUGUUUCAUUGUUCGAGUGACACGCGGUUUCGAGAACGUAAAAGAUGUCCUCAGAGGACGGGCGCCCCAAGGCGUGGAACAGACACCAAAAGGGUAACUUGGAUGACACUUUAAGCCCAAAUGUAUUUGGACAGAAAUUGCACCUUUCCUUUAGCAGUGACGGUUUUUUCGUACUUUUUUGUUUUUUCACUGCCUUGUUGAUGGCCAAUCCGAACAGCGUCGAGUGUAAAUAUUGGAGUUUAGUUAGGUACCUUCAUUCACCCGCAGAGAAGUCUUGAUCUGGGUUUUAUGAAUGUUCAGCGGUCUUCUGGAAACAGACACUGAUUAUAAACGAUCCGAAACGCACGAGAAGCUUAUGUCAUUCUCACCUUAAAGCUCAUAAGGUCACAUCGCCAUUAUAUGUAAAAAACUUUAUUCUCCUCUAUCCAGGAAGAACACAAAUUUUUACGAUUGGAGAUGUAACAAACAGUGACGCAUGAUCACCUGAUAAUGCUGCUGGGAUCAUUCUUGUUCCUGUCUUCUAUCAUUUAAAUCAGUUUGUCUGCAGAAGAUCUAUAGUGCAAAACUGGUGUUACAUGAAAUGCAGGAGAUAAGUGCAAUCGUGACAAUUUCUGUCAUAAUAUAUGCAUUGCAGUGUGAGUGGGUAAUGAAGGUGAAUCGCUUGAAUUGAAACCAGUGGAAAGAUGCUUGUGGGAUUACAGUCAAAGGUUUUGGUAACAUAGUCACUGGUUAGUGAGGCUUAUCGUAAUGGUUUCAGCUUCAUUGUUUUUGGAAUGAUGAUCGUAUCGCUGUCAAGAUGAUGAUGGACGUGUGAGUGUCUAUUUGUAAGUUUCAGUUAAAGCGGGAAAUGUUCGGUCUAUGUUUCCGUUUUUGUAGAUUGGGAUUUUCUUUGCAGGAAUCACAAAUAAUGGCAUAAUGAUUUAAAAAAAAAUUGUCUUAGCCUCUUUAGAAGUGAUGAAGAUAAUAUAACGGAAUAAAACAAAAAUGUUUUCAUAUUGAAGAGAAAUUACACUUUUUUUUUUUUUUAGCAUAUUUUCCUGGAAAUUUCAAACACAUUUGUGAGCUGGUCUGCAUGUAAAUAUCGUCGGUCACAGAAAACAUUUAUUUUAUAUGGUUCCGGUGUGUUUGGAAAUUCUUGUUUGUGUAUUAAGUAUUACGACACUUUUGGCUAAUGGGUGUUGCCUGCUCUCCCACAUUCAGAUGCAAUAAGGUGCGUCCAUCAGGUGUCCCUGGCAUUUGUGCUGUCAUGGUAACAGACAGAAUCUCUCACAUCAGCACCGCAGAACAUCCCCAUUAUCACACCUCUUCAAAGACUUCUCAACCAGCCACUAGGGGGCACCUCUAUUACACUGUGCUAUAACUUUAUUGCGUCGCCACUCAGUAAGUCACAGAUGUCAUCAUUAUGUAUAAAUGAUCUAAUGUUUGCGUGUUGCAGGGGUAAACCUCUGGCUGCCAGUCCCACAUUCUGCAAUGGGUUUCACUUAGCAGAAUUUUACUCUAUUGUCAUACCAAACAGUACAGGGACUGACUGCUGGUUAUUUACUUUUAAGGUAUCCCUUUGACACGCCGUCGUUCGUGAUGUUACAUUUCUGUACCAUUGUCAGCUGGGCGAUUUUUCCUAUUUAAUUAUAUAAAAAAGUGGAAGGAUCGUUUUUGUCCGUAGGGGGGCUUAGCAAUAAAGGACUGUCCUGUAUUAGAUUCUGUACUGUAGAUUUUAAAACAAAAACAUGCAUACGAAUGUAAAACAAAAAAAAAGUGCUCUAUUGUGUUGUCAUAUAGCACUCCUAUUGCAGUUUUCAAUUAAAAAAUAAAGGAAAUUGAAUUAUUACAUGAAGAGACAAUGCACAAGUUCAAAAGUAAAUAAAAGUACAAAAACGGAGGAUAUACGGAAAUGAUCCUAUUUAUAUGCACUAACUGAUCGUGAAAAUUAAUUCCCUUGUGGUGCUUAUUAUGUAGGAUAAUCCCUGCUUGACAACCUGAGCUGCAAAGACGACUGAUCGUCAGCAACAUUACGUCGUCAGAGCUGAGCCGCUCCUUCGCGGUCAUUUUAUGUAAUCACUCCACCCCCGCCCCCCCAUCUCCGCUGAAACAGACAAACUUUGUUAUAUUAAAGCCGCCAGGAUGCUUUGUACAUCUGUGAUGACGCCUAUUUUAUAUUCAAAUGAACAAAAUAAAAGCUUUUAUUUUUGUUGCUGUGAACACCUUCA